AACCGAUACGGACCAGAUCCAAGUGACCGGUUUAACUUGAUAAUUUCUUGAAAUUGAGCUGAACCGAAGUACAAAACCAAAUUAUAUUGCAGUUAUUAUCCCUUUACAAAAAAGAGCACACGAACUUAACUGUUGCCUAAUUCUUAGGGACACACGAGUUCGAAUCGGAGCAGUCACAUAUCAGAGUCUCAGCACGUCUCUCAGCUUCGCCUUCUCCACCGUCGCCGUCGUCGCGACUAGAACCCUAAUUAUGGUGAACCUAUAUACCAUGGAACCCUAAUUCCUUCCACUUCCUCGCACGAUCGUGUUCAUUCGCCAAAAAAUCGGUUCAAGUCUCGACUCCUUGAGUUUUGGAUCGAUAUUAGUAGCUAAGUUGGGAGAUUUUUUUGAGUUACGGAGCUAUGGUGUGGUGUAAACAUUGUGGGAAGAAUGUUCCCGGAACUCGCCCCUACGAUGGUGCACUGGCUUGUAACUUAUGCGGGAGGAUUUUGGAGAAUUUCAAUUUUUCUACUGAAGUUACAUUCGUUAAGAAUGCUGCUGGGCAGAGCCAAGCGUCAGGUAACAUUGUAAGGAGUGUUCAGAGUGGGGUGUCAGCCUCACGUGAAAGGAGAUUACGAAUAGCUAGAGAUGAGUUUAGGAAUUUGAGGGAUGCCUUGGGAAUUGGUGAUGAGAGAGAUGAUGUGAUUGACAUGGCUGCUCGGUUCUUUAGAAUGGCAGUUGAGAAAAAUUUCACCAAAGGCCGUAGAACUGAACUAGUACAGGCUUCCUGUCUGUACUUGACUUGCAGGGAAAUGAACAUUGCGUUUCUUCUUAUUGAUUUCUCAAGUUACCUUCGAGUUAGCGUUUAUGAGUUAGGUUAUGUGUACUUGCAACUCUGUGAAAUGCUGUACAUUACGGACGGUCAAAAUUAUGAAAAGCUUGUUGAUCCUUCCAUUUUCAUUCCUCGAUUCUCAAACAGCUUAUUGAAAGGAACACAGCAUAAAGCUGUUGUAAGAACAGCUACAGCCAUUAUAGCGAGUAUGAAGAGAGAUUGGAUGCAGACCGGCCGGAAACCUAGUGGAAUAUGUGGAGCAGCACUUUACACUGCUGCUCUUUCUCAUGGUAUCAAGUGCUCUAAGUCAGAUAUUGUAAACAUUGUCCAUAUAUGUGAAGCAACUCUAACCAAACGAUUGAUUGAGUUUGGCAAUACGGAGUCUGGAAAUUUAAAUGGUGAUGAGCUCACAAAAAGAGAAAAGGAGAUGCCCAAAAGCAUGAAACCAACGUCAAACAAAGAGGAUGUGCUCUGUAUGCAUAAGGAUAGUAAACCUGUUGGUUAUGGACUAUGUGAGGACUGUUACAAAGAUUUCUUAAAUGUUUCUGGUGGACUUGUUGGUGGGUCGGAUCCUCCGGCUUUCCAGCGCGCAGAGAAAGAGAGAAUGGACAAAGCGGCUAGAGAAAAAAACGAGGGAGGAAUUGGUAGCCUUAAUCACGGUCAACAGCUAUAUCAGUCAGAGAGAGGACCAGACUAUUGUAGUGUGAACAAAAGCGAAAAACAGUGUUCUGAUAAAAGUGAAAAAAAUAAAGAUGGGGCUGAAGAGUAUGCUGGUACGUCGGAUGAAUCAGACAACUUUUCUGACAUCGAUGAUAAAGAGGUGGAUUGCUAUAUUAACAACGAGGAUGAAAAGCAUUAUAUGAAGAUCGUAUGGGAAGCAAUGAACAAAGAUUAUAUUGAGGAGCAAGCGGCCAAGGAAGCAGCUCUGAAGGCUGCUAGUGAAGCUUUAAAAGCGAGCAACUCUAACUGCCCAGAACGUGCAAGAAAGUUUUACGAAGCUACUAUAGCUUAUAAGACACAAAGUAGAAAGGAAAAGCAGCAGAAGAAAGCUGAGGAAGAAAAGAACGCGGCUCCCCCAGCUACAGCCAUGGAAGCUGUUCGCCGAACGCUUGUUAAAAAGAGAGUUACAGCUGUAAUCAACGACGACUUCUUACAAGAACUCUUUGCUACAUCGGCAGGUGAGAAUCCACCCAAGAGGUCGAAAACUGAGACAGACAUGGAAGAGAAGAAGGAAGAGAAGAGCAAUGAGCCUGAGAUUGGUGAAAAUGAAGAUGAAGCUGAAGAGGAUGAAGAAGGCUAUGUAGAAUCAUACGACAUGAACACAAAUUAUCAAAACGGUGAGAAAAUUUAUGAAGAGGAAGAAGAAGCAGAUGGUUAUGAUUUUGGAUUGUAUUGAUCUAUUGUGAGCCAAAGUUAUCGGUCUUUUUGGUUGCCGGACGAGUUGAUUUUGCGUAAAUAUAGGAGAACCCCAACAUUAGUUAUUAUUUUUAUUAUAGGAUCUUUGAUUCUGUAGUUAUCAGUAAGCAAUCAAGAUUUUUGAAUAAUAUAUGUAAAUUCACUAA